AUGGUACCCCAACAGAGAGUUUCGGCUGCAAGAAAUCCAGGUGCACAAAAGAGCAGGCCUCACACUUUAUUCGCUAGUGGGCCUCCAACUCAUCUGAGUGUUCCUCAGGCCAAUGGAGCCAUGCCUCCACGCCAAUUUGCAAAUGGCGCUGUUGCUCCAGGCCCAAUUCAUUCACUCCGCCCACCACCACCUCAAGCAACAGCCUACCCACCUAUGCCAAUAGCUGGACAACCAGCUUGGCAUGGUCAGCCACCGCAACCAGGUCAAACAAUCCCACCACCUGGCAUGCCUCCACAAAUGCAGCAAUUCAAGCCAUCUCCCCCAAGCAUGCCACCGCCCCCUCCACAGGCAGCUCCAGGUCCCCCAAGGCCCCUACCACCACCAAUGGGAAUGGGAGGCCAACCACCACCUAUGUGGCGUCAACCGCCACCCCCACCCCUUCAACAUGGCGGUAGGCCCCCUAUGCCACAGACAUCAAUGCCUCCACCACCCCCUCCAAACCACAAUAACCCACCACCGCUCCCUCCAUCUUGA